CUUGUGGGCUUUGUGGCAUUAGUCAAGUCAACUAGUCACAUGACAAAAGGAUCUACUCAUGUGUAGUGUAGCCCAUCAUUUUAUCCGUAUGACCGUUUCUCUCCAAAACGUGUGUAAAAGACUCCUUGCAGCCGACGCAGCGCAUCAAACUGCUUUACUACUCUGCUCCCCGACACCAACACAUGGCCACGAGCUCCCCCGCGCCGGCUCGGCCUCGCCGCCACCUCCCUUCUCCUUCGCCGUCUGGCCUCCCACGCGCCGCACGCGCGACGCCGUGGUGCGCCGCCUCGUCGCCGUCCUCUCCGGCGACACCACCACCGCCCUCCGCAAGCGCUACCGCUACGGCGCCGUCCCCGCCGCCGACGCCGAGCGCGCCGCGCGCGCCGUCGAGGCCCAGGCCUUCGACGCCGCCUCCGCCUCGUCAUCCUCCUCGUCCUCCGUGGAGGACGGCAUCGAGACGCUGCAGCUCUACUCCAGGGAGGUGAGCAACCGCCUCCUCGCGUUCGUCAGGUCCCGCUCCUCCGCCGCAGGCGCGCCCCCGGCCUCCGCGGCGGCCGGAGAGGUGGCCUGAGCUGCUCGCUCGGCCGCCGCUCCGUCCAUAGAUGUGUUUGAUUGAUGCAUUUUUGUUGAUGUUGUUUGGGAUUAUCUCAGAGGCUUAUUCUCUGGUGUGUAGUAAUUUGCUGGAUUUCUACCUGAUGUUCCACUUGAGUUGUGCAAGUAAAUGCUUCCAAUUUGUGAUUCUGUAGAAGGUAAAAUUGGUUCCAAUUUGUCUGCAAUUUGGUGAUGACUCAGGGACCUUGUAGGAACAAAUUGUUACUAUUAUUGGGAUUUGUUAAGAAAAAUACAUACAUCUGAGCUUGGCAACAGAGUAAUUUCUUGUUGGCAUGAGCUCUUGUGUGUGUGAAGAUUGAUUAUGUAUGUCACCUACUAAGGAUGCAUUGAAGUUCAUGUUUCUUAUCACCUUUACAGUAUCAUCAAGGAACAAAUGGCACAAUAAUUUUCCCUCUCUUUGUAUCCAUGUAUAAAUGUGGUUGGUUGCCAACCUGGCAGAGUUAUAUGCGUCUCUCCCUUGUUCA